GACGCCUCUAAUGUUCGAUCAGCCCUGCACUCGGCGCUUUCGCUUCCCAUCCCUGAGCAACGACAUCCGAACCUCCAUGGAUUAAGGUACAACUGGACGAGAACCCCUCUUCAACUUUCAACUUAGUCUGAACAAUUCACGUCCCAUUCUCAGCCGAUGGACCUGCUCGCCAGAUCCUUGGGCUCUUUUUCCCAAUCAACCUGACUCUCACGACAGUACCCACGUCAAUGCCUCGUAUUUUCCUUCAGCCUCGUAAGUUUCAGCCCUGCCCACUCGCAGCGUACCAGACGUCUUUACAGUUUUGAUUCCAACCCGGCGAUCAAUUUGCCUAAUUUCCUUGAUCGCAGCUCGACACAGCUAAUUCGUGCCUGCCUCCUCAAAGACUCAUUCACCUGGACCCAGUUUCCAUAAAGGUUCUUUCUGCGGAGCUUUUCGGCCUCAGCCUCGCAGCCUCUGCACAACCCCCCUCAUCCUUGGGACCCCUCUCUACGAAUACCGAAAGUACAAUAAAUUACAAGAGUACGGACUGGAAAUUAUGUCUUCUGCAUCGAAGAAACGUAAGCACGGCGAGGACGUGACCAAGUUCUACGCGGUUCGGACUGGUAGGACGCCAGGUGUGUACAUGUCAUGGAAAGAAUGCCAGGCACACACUACUGGAUUUGGAGGCGCUGUUUACAAAUCGUUCUUUUCGAAGCAAGAAGCCGAUGAGUUCGUCGCGGGGAAGAGCAAAUCAAAACCUGGACAGGAGAAAUUCUAUGCCGUCGCCGUGGGUCACAAGCCUGGUGUCUAUACAGAAUGGUCUGAAGCACAGAAACAGACCCUGGGUGCGGAGAAGCCGAAGUACAAGAAGUUCGAGUCGAGGAAAGAGGCCGAGGAGUUUGUGAAGAGUGGCGGGAAGACUGCUGUUAAGGCGGAAGCUGCGAAUGGUACAAAGACUACUAGGGAGAAGAAGACUGAAGAUUCCGAGGAGGAGGAUGAGCAAGAGGAAGAAGAGGUUGAACCCACUGCGAAGAGAUCUAAGACGAGUGCUAGUGCAGCAUCGAAGUCUAAGUGGCUGCGGAUCUAUACAGAUGGAAGUGCUUUGGGUAAUGGGAAGAAGGGUGCGGUGGCAGGUGUUGGAGUUUUCUUUGCAGCUGGUGACAAACGUAACGUCUCCGAACCUCUCGAAGGUCCAGUACAAACCAAUAACCGUGCCGAACUUACCGGCAUUCAGCGCGCCCUCGAAAUUGCCCCGAGGGAGAGAGCUGUUGAGAUCAUCACAGACAGCAAUUAUUCCAUUAAUUGUGUAUCUGUCUGGUUCGCGAACUGGGAGAAGAAGAACUGGGUCACGUCAACAGGCAAGGGAGUUGAAAAUCAGGAUCUGAUCAAGGGCAUCAGAGCUCUGAUCGAGGAACGAGAAGCGUUAGGGGUUGAGACUAAGUUUACUUGGAUCAAGGGCCAUAACGACGAUCCUGGAAAUACCGCAGCUGAUAGACUUGCUGUUGCGGGUGCGCAGUCGAGUCGUUAGCUCACCACUUACUAAGUUUCUCAAGGACGGGGCUUGAAUCCCUCGUCUCGAUUGGAUGGUUAUGGAUGGGAUGAGAUGUGUUUCUCUACUUCGGCUAUUGGACCCAGGGUAUGCUAUGGGAUACUAUCAUGGUAUGGGUCGGUCAUGAAUGCAUGGUACGGAAUUGAGCGAAGACUUGUACGAGUAAUGUGGAAUUUUUGUGGUAUGGGAUUCUUGCAUAUGUUUGAGAGGCUUUUAAUACCCAGCGUCAGAAGGACGAGUUCUUUUAUGCUUUCUCUUCUCAUCGCUACACUUACAGCAGGUAGAUCUAGAUCGAGUCUUGCUGCUUGUUGCUUGUUGCUAUGAAUUGAUGGAUUGUAUCUCCACUUUGUGUGCUUGAUAUUACGGAGGGCUAAUCGUGGCAGAGAGCCUUGUUUGGCAUUGACUUCAUAUGUACUCAUUCUGCACGGCUCCAUAUCAUUACUGUAUCAAACCUUUAUGUCUAUCUAACUUGUACUGUUUACUGCUCGCUUAUUACAUGGUCAAAAUACGGUAGGCAGGCAGCUUCCAACUUGAUGUUGAUUCCAACAUCGAAACUUGAAAGAAUAUCACUGUCAUGAUUUUUGAAGCUAUGAAUAUGAUAUAAUAGUAAAUAAUAAUAUUUCAUUGCUG